GUCUCAUUGGCAGCUUUCUGAGCAGCUGCAAAAUAUGUUUUUAACUUUAAGUGGAAGUUGGGAUCACCAGCGUCUGGCCUGGAACAGUCACUCUCGGCAAGGGCUCUUUCCGCUCUGACAUUCCCUAGCUUUACGGACGCGGCACCCCAGUCGUCUGCCUGGUCGUCCCUCCUCGCGGCUCGGCUCUUCCAGUCGCCUCGCAACCGCAGCUCGGCGACCAGAGCCGGAACUGGGACGAGAGGUGCUCGUGCGCGCUCAGGGGGCGGCGGCGGCACCGCCCUCCCGGGAGGACCAUGCUGCGAGGCAAGUCCCGGCUCAACGUGGAGUGGCUGGGUUACUCGCCCGGCCUGCUCCUGGAGCGUAGGCCGCUCCUGGCGGGGCGCACGCCCCGCAGCUCCGGCCGAAAUGAAAGUUCACUAGCAUCCACUCUGAAGACGCUCCUGUUCUUCACAGCUUUAAUGAUCACUGUACCUAUUGGGUUAUAUUUCACGACUAAAUCUUAUGUUUUUGAAGGCGCCUUUGGGAUGUCCAGUAGGGACAGCUACUUUUAUGCUGCUAUUGUUGCGGUGGUCGCCGUCCACGUGGUACUGGCCCUCUUUGUUUAUGUGGCCUGGAAUGAAGGCUCACGGCAGUGGCGUGAAGGCAAACAGGAUUAAUGUGAACAUCUCCUUUUGAUAGCAUUAAAUUGAUUUUUUAAAAUGGUAAAUGCGUAUGGGAUACUGAUGAUUUCAAUAAAGUUGAAAGAAUAUGUUAAAAUCAAUCUUAUGGAGUCCCUUUUGACUAGUACAAAUUUUGAACCUUCUAAUACAAUAGUUUGUAUCAAUUUUAACUGUAUGAGCUUCUUGUUUGCAAAUGAGAAUUUAGAAAACUUAAAUUAGUUCCGAAUAAUUAUGUUAAAUUAGUUACACGUUAUUCUGGGAAAAAUUUGAUUAUCUUACAACAAAAAUUUUUUAUAGCAUUUUGUCUUUUGGUUGGCUUUGAGUUUUACUUCUCUGGAUAUAUUCAGAUGUACAUAGUGGAGCAAAUCUACACUUUUGUUUUUCCCUGGAACACUUUUCCUAACUAUGAUUAAAAUACCAGGUCAUUGGAUUUUGGGUUAUAAAUUCCUAUUGAAAAUUGCUUAAAUUGUGGACAUUGGAAUAAUCUGAACGUCACUGAGAAAUUUUGUAUUGUCAUCCCUAGGCAAUACAAAUCUUUCAUUACAUUAUUUCAUGGGGAAACUAGACUGAAUCACACCCAUUCAGAUAAAAGGACUGGUUUAUUGAAGAAUGCAGAUAGUGAAGCAAGAGCUAGCUGCCUGGGUGCCUGGUCCGCUCCCUAAAGGCCUCUUGCUACAGGCCAGCCUCCGGCUUUCAGACCAGCUCGUUAAUGAUCUGCUUUGCUCUGUCAUCCAACAAUUAACUUAAGCUUAAAUUACCAGGUUUGUGUAAACUUCCUUUAAAUUUAUUUUUCCUACUUUUUAAUAAUGUAUAUGAAGGAAUUUACAUUUAAAUGUGUUCAUUUUUGCAUACUUAAGGGACUGUAAACAAUCCUAAAAAUAGAUUAUUUUUAUUACCCAGGAAGUAUUCUUGGAAUUUCUAGUCUAGUCUUUUUAAUCAAUGCUCUUAUAUCCCAGGUACAUAUAGUUAGAUAAUCCUCGAGGUCCUUUCUGAUAGAAAAAGAUCCUGCGGUUUUACUGUAGUAUUCUUAGUCUGUGUUCUUUCCAGCCACUGGGUACUACUUGUGUGUAAUCAAAAAAACACACCCAGAAAAAAAUGCAUAUUAAAACAGGAAGAAAAUUUAAAUUCCCUGUAAUGUUGCCACUUGGAGAUAACCAAUAUUUUGGUUUAUAUCCUGUGUGCAUUUCUUAAUACUAGUUUGAUACUGACUAAAAGUUUGGUUUAAGUUCAGAUUCUGCCAAUUUCACCUGAUGGCUAUUUGCAUUUUUUUCAGAUGCGUGAUUAUUGGCUAUUCUGUAAAAAAGCACAUUCUGCCUUGACUCUUUUAACUGGAUAUCUCAUUGUUCAAAUUUCCUGUCAUUGAUAAUUCCUAAUACAAUGGCCCUUGCUGUGUUUGCCAUUACUGAAUUGUUUGUUCACCCCCAUUUUUGAUGUUGUGGAACUGGACUAAAGGAGUAGAGAGGUAGUUAGGCAUAAAGGCAAAGAAGGCAUUUGUGUUUUUUUAAUUGUUGAGAAAAAAAUAAAAGAUGAUUAUUGUAGGACUAUUUUUUAUUCUUGCUUAUAGUUAAAUGCUGUCUACAGUUUAAAUGUCUUAAGCAGUUAUUCUAAAUGUGAAAGGUUUUCUUAAAAGGACUACAGUUUUAGUAUAAAGUUGUACAAAUUUAAUAUGAAGUUGUAGAAAACCCCAGUUUGAGUCUAGUGUACUCUGUGGUUGAUUUCUAGAUGGUUCUCUCUUUAGCUGCCUUGUACUUAGAAUUUGUCCACCUAAUUUCUUUUUCUAUAAUGCCAAGGUUUUUCCUGUACUUUUGGGAUCUUAUGCUAUUUGUAAAAUAUUAAUGUCCAAUGUUGGAUUAUUUUGUUUGAUUUCAGACAUUCACUGAGUAUAUAAUAUGGGUGUUUUUCUGCAAGUAUUUAAACUGGAGAUUCAUGCAAAAGCAGCUGUAAUUUCCUCUUGGAAAAGGUACCAAGCAUCUGAAAGUUAGAAUUCGAUGCUGGAGUUGAUAUUUAUGCUUAUUACAAUAUAGACUUGUUUUCAAAUCCGUUAAUGUUUUCCUAGGGUUUUAACGGUUAAUUCACUAGUUUGCAGCUGUUUAAAUAACAUAUGGGAUUCAACAUACAGAUUUAUUUUUCAAGAUGUCUCAGUGAUUUCUUCUCAUACAAUGUACAUACUUCAGGAUGUUUAGAAAGAAAAGCUACAGUUGAGCCCUUAUAUAAAUGCUAUAAGGUAGGAAUAUGUUCGCUAUUGUUUUAAAACUGAUUGUAAGAGUGACCUCAAUUAGGGAGUGUAACUUGAAGUGUCAGUACAGGCUACUGAUUUAACACAUUACUUUCUUCACCUCACCUCCCAUUUUGCCCCCUAGAAUAUAAUCCUUUUUUCCCAUUGUGCUAAAAAAUGAAAAGUCUGCUGUAGAAUACAUCUGAUAUUACUAGCUCUCCAGGUGGAUACCAUUUUACAUGUGACAACAGAAUUCAGUUUUGAGUUGUUACUGAAGGAAUUUAAACCCUCCAUUAAGAAAAACAACCCUGUGUUUCAUGGGAAUCUAACAAAUAUAUGGUAAGAUGGUUUUCAUCAUAAAAAAUCUCAGGUUUGCCCAGAAAGUAACUGAUUGAUUUAUUUGGUGUUUAUUUUCCAUUUUCAUAUAAGUUUUAUAUAUACAGCUACAGUACCCAAGGAGGCCAGUAAAAAAACAAACAGGUAAGGUGUACCCAAGGAAAGGUGAAAGUUGAGGGCACAUGAAAGAAAGAAUUUAUAUCCUGUUUUAAAUGUACCCCGUGUGUAUUUCUUGUCUCCAGACAAGGUCAUGUUUAUUGUUUUAAUUAUGCUCAAGUGAAGUUGUAGACUGUUCUUAGGCCCAUUUUAUAAACGGUUCGCCUGUGGCACAGAAUUUGUCACAUGUCUUAGGUCAGCAGCAGGCUUCUCUGCUGCCAGGCACAGAGUAUUAGAACCUGAUGAACUCAGACUCAUAUGUAAGAUAGUUUUUGCAAGAGCUGGGCUGAAGCAGCACAUUCAUGACUUAAGAAGAUUUCUUUUUGCAGGGAGAAAGGGUCACCUGAGGAAAUAAAUUUUUUUCAAGGACUUGGGGAACUAAUGAUAAAUAUUACAUGGAGUCUAUGAAUAGAUUGAUUCUUUAUAUAUUCAUUAAAAUAAUCGUCUGGAAUUCCUCAGUUUACCAUCACUCCUGGCCGCACUUUCCUUGCCUGUUUUGUUGCUACGUGUGCUUGAAAGUAAUAUCUGCGUUACUGUGAAGAUGUUCUAUAGGUCAUGUUUGUCAGUUACACAGACUAGUCUUCCUUUUUGUCAAGUUCAGUGAAAUCUCACUGAACAAUAAUAGCAAUAGCUAACAUCUGCACAGCACCUUACAGUUUGCAAAGAACGUUCACAUAUUCUUGUUUUGAGUUUUGCUUAGUGAACCUGUUACGAGAUGUCUCUUGAUAUCAAUGCUAAAAUGUUAGAACCUUUUAAGUUCACCAGAGUCACUGAAUAUACUGUAGUCGUGAAUAGUGCCCUAACUAGGGGCAGGGUUUAGAUGCGCUACGUUGAAGCCUGCGUGUAAUUAUCAAAAUGGGGGGCUUGAGUCCAUUAGCCACUUGAAUCAGAUUUACUUUUGUAAGUGAUGCUUUUCUAACCGUUACCUGGAUGGGUUUUAUAUUCGUUAUACUCUAACCUGUAAUUUGUAUAAAUGUACCAUCUGUUGUCAUUAAAAAAGUGUUUGUAAUGCCA